AUGGCUUCCCAAAAACCCGUCAUCGCCUUAAUCCACGGCGCCUUCUUCUCGCCCGUGCACUACCGCCGUUUAAUUGAACCCCUUCGCACACAGGGGUACACUGUGAUCGCACCACCCAUGCCUACAACUGGUCUCGAUGACUCUGUCGCGGGCAGGACGUACGUCGACGACGCGAAGCGCAUUCUUGAGUACCUCGUCCCAUACCUAGACGAGGGCCGAGAAGCCAUAGUUGUCGGCCACAGCCAAGGCGGCAUCGCAGCCAGUGCCGUGACCGAGGGCCAAACAAUCGAAGACCGUAAAACUAAGGGCUUGAAGGGCGGUGUUAGGGGUGUUGUUUAUGUCACGGCUCUUGCCAUCCCGACGAAGGGAGCUAGUCUGAUGGGAUUGUUGGGUGGUACGCCGCCGCCGAUUUACCGCGCUGAGGGACCGUUCUAUGUUCUCACUGAACAGGGCUUGGCACCUGAUGCGACUCAAACCAAUAUCCCGAAGGAAGAGCAGCUGGCACUGACGCGGAGCUUGGUGCACCAGAGCAAAGCUAGUAUAGAGGCGCCGGUGCAAUUUACCGCCGUCGAUGUUACAGUUCCUAAGACUUAUGUCGUGUGUGUGGACGACCAGUCCUUACCUGCCGCGCUCCAGGAAAGUAUGGCACAGGCGGCCGGAGCCAAGAUUGUGAAGAUCGCAGCUGGUCAUUUUCCGUUUCUAGAGAGCGAGGCCAAUGCUAAGUUGGUGGUUGAUGCUAUCGUAGAUGCUGCUAGUCAGUGA